AUGAUGCUGGGAGUCACAGUUGCUCUGAAUUUCACCAUCGCGCAGCUGAAACUAGCUAUUAAUUACGACAUGAAACUCGAACAAUUCCAGCGAUUUCGAUUCGUGUUUCUUGGCUACUUGAUCAUUCCUACAUUCCUGUUACUGCUAAAAUAUAAGAGAAUGUACGUCUUCCAUAUGAAUCAAGAUCAUGUGAUUUCAAUCAUUUCUUCUGCUAUGGAUCAGCUUUUGGUGGUCACACCGCCAGAUUAA